UCUUUCCUCUCUUCCCCCUUGCAGGAAAGGGAGGCUUUGAGAGUCAUCCCAUUGAAGGAGAUUCACAAAGUUCAGGAGUGCAAACAGAGUGAGCUGAUGAUGAGGGACAACCUGUUCGAGAUGGUCACCAGCUCCAGAACCUUCUACAUACAGGCUGACAGUCCAGAGGACAUGCACAGCUGGAUUAAGGCCAUCUCAGGGGCGAUCGUGGCUCAGCGUGGCCCCGGACGCUCGGCUAACACUAUCCGUCAGGCCAGAAGGCUGUCCAGCCCUUGUAUACAGAGGAGCACAGUGACCUCUCUUCUGCUUCCACCUGCUGGUACCCCUAUGAGGAACUACACCACCCACAAUCCUCCUCCAGCACCGCCACAACGGGCCCUCAGCCUCACGCUGGACACGCACCACCAGACAACUUCCUGGGCCUGCUACCGUGGAGGCUAA